AUGAUCAAUGGUCGACUGAUAUCCUUCUACUAUUGUUGGAUUUGGGGAGUGAUAGGUAGGGAUCGAAGGUAGAAUAAUUUUGGAUAAAAUCCUUGUUAUUCGACGAAGGAAAGUUUAUCAAGAUGAAGGGAUGGAUAUUUAACAUCGACGCGGGAUAUUUGGAGGGGUUGUGCCGUGGAUUUAAGUGUGGCAUCCUCAAGCAAUCCGAUUACCUGAACUUGGUGCAAUGUGAAACACUGGAAGAUUUGAAGCUUCACCUACAGGGCACUGACUAUGGCACCUUUCUCGCUAACGAACCGAGCCCUCUCUCUGUGGCGACAAUCGAUGACAAACUCCGAGAAAAACUCGUCAUUGAGUACACCUACCUCAGGAACCAUUCUGUAGCUCCACUGAGUACCUUCCUGGACUUCAUAACAUACAGCUACAUGAUUGACAACAUCAUUCUGCUGAUCACUGGUACUUUGCACCAGAGACCAAUUUCUGAGCUGAUUCCCAAAUGCCACCCCCUGGGAUCAUUUGAACAGAUGGAAGCUAUUCAUGUGGCUUCUACACCUGCUGAGCUAUACAAUGCUGUCCUUGUGGAUACACCCUUGGCCCCAUUCUUUGUGGACUGCAUCAGCGAGCAGGAUCUUGAUGAAAUGAAUAUUGAGAUCAUCCGUAACACUCUCUACAAAGCCUAUCUGGAGGCUUUCUAUGAAUUCUGCAAGGAGAUUGGUGGCACCACUGCUGAUGUCAUGUGUGAAAUUUUGGCUUUUGAAGCUGACCGUCGUGCUAUCAUCAUUACCAUCAACUCCUUUGGAACUGAACUGUCUAAGGAUGACCGUGCUAAACUGUACCCUCGUUGCGGUAAACUGAACCCUGAUGGACUGGCUGCACUGGCUCGUGCAGAUGAUUAUGAACAAGUAAAGGCAGUUGCAGAAUAUUAUGCUGAAUACUCAGCCCUCUUUGAAGGUGCUGGAAGCAAUGUUGGUGAUAAGACUUUGGAAGACAAGUUCUUUGAAUAUGAGGUGCGUUUGAAUGUCCAUGCAUUCUUGCAACAAUUCCAUUUUGGUGUGUUCUACGCUUACCUGAAGUUGAAGGAGCAAGAAUGCCGAAACAUUGUAUGGAUCAGUGAGUGUGUAUCGCAGAAGCACCGUGCAAAAAUCGACAACUACAUUCCCAUUUUCUAAAACUGUGUAGCUUGAAUUUAUAAAAAGAAUAAUUCCGAUUUGUACAUUAGACCUUGUGUAAAGGCACUAGUGCUUGUUAAACUCGCAUUAAGUUGUUAAAACAGGCUACUGCAUAUAGCCCUGUAUGUAUUCAUAAUAUCUACAUUAUACUAUGACGUAGAAAUAAGUUAAGAAUACACAUCAGGUUUUAUUCUGAAAAGACAACAGCUGUAUAUCAUUGUUAUUGUAGAUAAUGUUACUUUGCCCUAUCUUUUGACAAGUUUGUUAACAGUAUUAAGAGAAUAAUAAUAAAAAUAUAUUUUAUUUGAUCAUCCAAAAGUAAUAAAUUAUUUAUUGCAGUCUGUGUCACAAUCAGAUUUAUUAAUCAUGUAAAAAAUAUCAAAAAUUUAAUUGCUGUACUAUGCUUUAAUAUUAUAUAGAUUUAUGAGAUUUAUGUAAAUGUGACUUGCUUAAAUCAUUGUAAUUAUAAAGUAAAACGAAAAUGGAUUACCAGUUUUAAAAAUAAUAAUUAACAUGAUUUAAAUGUUAUUUUAGUGUCCUUUGCACUUAAAUCAGAAAAUCUAUGUUGAUCCUGGAUAAUUCCAUCAUGUCUAUUUUUCCAUUAAAUUAAAAAUAUAAUUCCAACAGGGAGGUGUUACUAAGAAUUAUAAUAGCAUUCUUAUUAUAGAUUGUUCAACUGUAUAAAUACUUGUAUUAGUUCAAUAUUAAAUUAUCUGUUUAAAAA